AAAAGAUGCCGCUAUGUGAUGAUCUCUUGGUCUCGUACUUUUUGCAAUAAACAACUGGAACACAUUUUUUUUAAAGACAAUUCGAUCUACAUCUGCAAUUUUGCUCUCAGUUAUGGAAGUCACAAGAGGCUUUUUUGGCAGAAACUUGAAAAAUUCGUUGCUGGAAAUUUCGAAGAAAUUCUUCGGUGUACAGAGUGCUAAAUACAUUAGAUUGGCUGAAGUGGGUAAAUUGGAAACUCCAAAAUCACAAGGAAAAUAUGCAACUGGACAAUUGAUACUUCAUAGAGUAUUUGGAUAUCGUGGAGUCAUAUUAUUUCCUUGGCUGGCAAGGGUCUAUGACAGGGAUAUUUCAAAUAAGAAAGAAGGUAUCGAAGAAGGAAAUUUCAAUGGAGUUGGAAAAGAAGUGAAAGGUAGAACACAUACCUUUUAUCAAGUCCUAAUUGAUCAAAGAGAUUGUCCAUAUAUACGAGCCCAAACGGAAGCAGUCACCUUUCUGGGGAAUCAUGAAAGUAGUCGCAGUUUAUAUGCUAUUCCUGGUCUUGACUAUGUUGCACAUGAGGAUAUUUUACCAUACACCACCAAUGAAAAGGCUGCACUGCAGCAUGAAUUAUUUGACAAAUUUCUAUCGUAUCAUCCUGACAAUGACCCACCUUUCAUUGCACAAGAAACUCUCAGAGCGUGGCAAAAAAAGAAUCAUCCAUGGCUGGAGCUCUCAGAUGUUCAUAAGGAAACUACAGAAAACAUAAGGGUAACCGUCAUACCAUUCUUUAUGGGUUGUCGAGAAAGUCAGACUACAUCUGUUUAUUGGUGGCGUUAUUGUAUUCGAUUGGAAAAUCUGGGUGACAUGAGUGUUCAAUUACGUGAGCGACAUUGGAGAAUAUUUAGCCUCUCAGGCACUUUGGAAACUGUAAGAGGACGCGGAGUUGUUGGUCAGGAACCUGUACUAUCAAAAACUCUACCAGCUUUUCAGUAUAGCAGCCAUGUCAGUCUGCAAGCUCCCAGUGGGCAUAUGUGGGGAACUUUUCGGAUGGAACGUGAAGAUGGCUAUGCUUUUGAUUGUCGCAUACCACCAUUCUCAUUGGAAUCAAAAGCCGACGAACCGCCGACUCCGAAUGCAGAAUCCUAAAGUAUACGGAACAUUGAUAAUUUCUACUGAAAGAUGAAGUAUACCAGUGAAAAUUAUGAUACACGAUGAAGAAAAAAAGCGAAAUAUUAUGCUGACAAUUGCGCUUUACAGGUGCGAUUGAAAAUAAACGAUGUCUUCUUGUAAAUUUAGUCUGUACAUAUUUAUUGAUACAUUAAGUAGUUUUAAUGAGCUUUUUUGUUUACUUAGAUUGUAAACAGUGUGAUUGAUUAAAGUAGAGUUAUAAAAAAAA